GUUGAAACACUGUGAAAAUUCCUCAGAGAACUCAAAAUUUGUAUAAAACGCCAAAAAUCAAACAAACACUUAAACCAAGCACCACUCUCUCAUCAAACCUCCAUUCUAUUUGCUUUUGGGGUUUUCUUUUCUCUUUCUUUCUUUCAUUUUCAUAAAUCUCUCUUUGAGAAUCAAUUUUCUUUGGUUUCAUGCUGCCUACUUUGGAUGUGUAAGCAUCCAUCGCUAAUCGCUCUCUCUCGCCUUUCACAGUAGUUGGAAGUAGAGGAGUAGAGGUGAGAUGGCGAAUAUAAGAUCGACUUUGCCUUCGAGGCUUCGCCAGCUUUUGUCUGGUGAAACUGACAUCGGUCCUUCUAUUAAACUCGAUUCUGAGCCCCCUCCUCAAAUUAAAGCAUUUAUUGAUAAAGUGAUCCAGAGUCCUUUACAGGAUAUAGCAAUACCUCUUUCAGGCUUUCGAUGGGAGUAUAGUAAGGGGAAUUUUCAUCAUUGGAGGCCACUAUUUCUUCAUUUUGAUACAUAUUUCAAGACUUAUGUGUCUUGUAGGAAUGAUCUUCUCUUAUCAGAUAAAAUUCUAGAAGAUGAUAGUCCAUUUCCAAAGCAUUCAGUUCUUCAAAUACUACGAGUUAUGCAAAUGAUAUUGGAGAAUUGCCACAACAAAAGUUCAUUUGAUGGUUUGGAGCAUUUCAAGUUCCUGCUUUCAUCCACUGAUCCUGAAGUUCUCAUAGCUACCCUGGAGACUCUUUCUGCUCUUGUUAAAAUAAACCCAUCUAAGGCCCACGGGAGUGGUAAACUGAUUGGAUGUGUCUCAGUAAACAGCUAUCUGCUUUCUCUUGCUCAGGGAUGGGGGAGCAAGGAGGAGGGCUUGGGUCUGUAUUCUUGCGUUUUGGCAAAUGAGAAAACAAAUGAUGAAGGGCUUAGUUUAUUUCCAUCUGACAUGGAAAAUGACCAUGACAAGUCUCAACACCGAAUUGGUUCUAGCCUUUAUUUUGAAUUGCAUGGGCCCAAUACUCAAGGUACUGAAGAAAGCAGUGGGAAUGCAAGUUCUAAUUCGAGAGUCAUUCACAUGCCAGAUUUACAUUUGCAGGAGGAGGAUGAUCUUUUAAUAAUGAAGCAAUGUAUUGAGCAGUACAACAUACCGACUGAGCUCCGGUUUUCAUUGCUAACAAGAAUUAGAUAUGCACAUGCCUUUCGGUCACCCAAGAUAUGCAGGCUGUACAGCAGGAUUUGCCUUCUUGCAUUUAUUGUGCUUGUUCAGUCUAAUGAUGCUAAUGAUGAGCUGGCAUCAUUUUUUGCAAAUGAGCCAGAGUAUACAAAUGAAUUGAUCAGAAUCGUACGCUCUGAGGAAACGAUUCCUGGAACUAUUAGAACACUUGCGAUGCUUGCAUUAGGAGCUCAGUUAGCUGCAUAUUCAGCAUCUCAUGACCGGGCACGAAUUUUGAGUGGAUCAAGUAUUAGUUUUACUGUAGGAAAUCGGAUGAUUCUCCUGAAUGUGCUGCAGAAGGCAGUUCUGUCACUGAAAGGUUCUAGUGAUUCAUCAUCCCUUGCUUUUAUUGAGGCUCUUCUUCAGUUCUAUCUGCUUCAUAUUGUGUCAUCCUCUGCUUCAGGGAGUAAUAUUAGAGGGUCAGGAAUGGUUCCAACCUUUUUACCUCUUUUGGAGGAUUCUGACCCAAAUCAUAUGCAUCUUGUGUAUUUGGCUGUAAAAGCUCUACAAAAGCUCAUGGAUUACAGUAGUUCAGCUGUGUCAUUGCUUAGAGAACUGGGUGGGGUGGAGCUUUUGUCUCUGAGACUACAGAUAGAAGUGCAUAGAAUUAUUGGUGUGUCUGGUGGAAAUGAUAAUUCGGUGGUCAUUGGUGAAUGCUCAAGAUACAAUGAUGAUCAGUUGCAUUCCCAGAAGAGGCUUAUCAAGGUGCUUUUGAAAGCUCUUGGUUCUGCUACAUAUGCCCCUGCAAAUUCUGCCAGAGUACAGAAUCCACAUGACAGUUCUCUGCCUGGGACGCUCUCACUCAUAUAUGGCAAUGCUGAAAAAUUUGGAGGAGAUAUUUAUUACUCAGCUGUGACUGUUAUGAGUGAAAUUAUCCAUAAAGAUCCAACUUGUCUUGCUGCACUUCUUGAACUUGGUCUUCCAGAUGCCUUUUUAUCUUCUGUCUUAUCCGGAGUGCUUCCAUCUUCAAAGGCUAUAACAUGUAUUCCCAAUGGCCUUAGUGCCAUUUGUCUUAAUGCCAAAGGCUUGGAGGCCGUGAAAGAAACAUCAGCAUUGCGAUUUUUGGUUGACAUCUUCACCAGCAAGAAGUAUGUGCUUGCGAUGAAUGAAGCAAUUGUUCCUUUGGCUAAUGCGGUUGAAGAGCUUCUGCGUCAUGUAUCUUCAUUGAGAAGCAGUGGUGUUGAUAUAAUAAUUGAGAUUGUAAAUAAAAUUGCUUCCUUUGGAGACAACAGUACAUGUUCCACAUCAUUAUCUGUUGAAAAAGUUAAUGGGAGUACUGCAAUGGAAACUGAUUCUGAAGACAAAGGAAAUGAAGAGCAUUGCUGUCCUGUUGGUGAACUGGAAUCUGUAACUGAUGGAAUUAGUGAUGAGCAGUUUCUCCAAUUGAGCAUCUUGCAUCUGAUGGUUCUGCUUCAUAGAACAGAGAAUUCUGAAACAUGUCGCCUGUUUGUGGAGAAAUCAGGAAUUGAGGCUUUACUGAAGCUUCUUUUAAGGCCCAGUAUUGUACAGUCAUCAGAGGGGAUGUCAAUUGCUUUACAUAGCACUGUGGUUUUUAAAGGGUUCACCCAGCAUCACUCUGCUCCUCUUGCACGCGCAUUCUGUUCUUCUCUUAGGGAACAUUUAAAGAAAGCUUUGACUGGAUUUGGUGCAGUUUCAGGGUCCUUUUUACUGGAUCCUAGUGUGAUGCCUGAUGAUGGAAUCUUUUCUCCCCUUUUCCUCAUUGAGUUCCUUCUAUUUCUUGCUGCUUCCAAAGAUAAUCGCUGGGUUAGUGCGUUGCUUGCAGAACUUGGAAAUGGCAGCAAAGAUGUUCUGGAAGAUAUUGGUCGUGUCCAUCGUGAAAUUUUGUGGCAGAUUGCUCUCCUUGAAGAUGCCAAGGUUGAAAUUGAGGAUGAUGGUGUGAGCGCUAGUUCUGCUGAGCCUGAGUCACAACAGGGUUCUAGUGCUACCGAUACUGAAGAGCAAAGGAUGAACUCCUUUAGACAUUUCCUUGAUCCAUUAUUAAGGAGGAGGACACCAGGAUGGAGUAUUGAAUCCCAGUUCUUCGACCUCAUAAACCUUUAUCGUGACCUUGGCCGUGCUACCGGCUUUCAACAGAGAUUGCGCAUUGAUGGUUCGAAUGUGCGUUUUGGAGCCAAUCAUUCUACUUCAUCUGAUGCUUCUGGAUCUGUCAGUAAAAAGGAACAUGACAGACAGAGAUCCAAUCACACCUCUUGCUGUGACAUGGUGAGGUCACUUUCCUUCCACAUUACCCAUUUGUUUCAAGAGGUGGGAAAAGUGAUGUUACUUCCAUCGCGUCGUCGGGAUGAUACUGUCAAUGCUUCCCUUGCAUCAAAAUUGGUUGCGUCUAUUUUUGCCUCUAUUGCAUUGGAUCAUAUGAACUUUGGAGGUCAUGUUAAAUCUUCAGGCUCAGAAGCAUCCAUAUCGACAAAAUGUCGCUACUUUGGUAAGGUUAUUGAUUUCAUUGACAGCAUUCUUCUGGACAGGCCCGAUUCCUGCAAUGCUAUAAUGCUAAAUUGCUUAUAUGGUCGUGGAGUUGUUAAAUCUGUUUUGACAACUUUCGAAGCUACCAGUCAAUUACUAUUUGCAGUUAAUAGGGCACCAGCAUCUCCAAUGGAUACAGAUGAUGGUAAUGUAAAGCAGGAUGAAAAGGAAGAUGGAGAUCAUGCAUGGAUUUAUGGUCCAUUGGCUAGCUAUGGUAAACUUAUGGAUCACCUUGUGACAUCUUCUUUUAUUUUGUCUCCAUUUACCAAACACCUGCUCGUGCAACCACUUCUGAGUGGAGAUGUCCCUUUCCCAAGGGAUCCUGAAACUUUUGUGAAGGUGCUUCAAUCCAUGGUGCUUAAGGCAGUCCUUCCAGUUUGGGCAGACCCACAGUUUACCGAUUGCAGUUAUGAUUUCAUCACUACGAUUAUAUCUAUCAUUAGGCACAUUUACUCUGGUGUUGAAGUGAAAAAUAUUUCCAGUGGUAAUAAUGCCCGUGUUACUGGACCCCCUCCAAAUGAAACAGCCAUAGCAACAAUUGUAGAGAUGGGAUUUUCAAGGUCCAGGGCCGAAGAGGCUUUGAGACAAGUUGGAUCUAACAGUGUGGAGUUAGCAAUGGAGUGGUUAUUCUCCCAUCCAGAGGAAAUCCAAGAGGAUGAUGAACUUGCUCGUGCACUUGCCAUGUCUCUUGGGAACUCCGAAACUGACACAAAUGUAGAUGUUACAAAUGACAGUAGCCAACAACUGGAAGAAGAGAUGGCCCAACUUCCCCCUAUUGAGGAGUUGUUGUCGACAUGUACAAAGCUGCUUCAGAUGAAGGAACCUCUAGCGUUCCCGGUUAGAGAUCUUCUUGUGUUGAUAUGCUCCCAAAAUGAUGGUCAAUAUAGGUCCAGUGUCAUUAAUUUCAUUCUUGACCAAGUAAGAGAUUCUAGUUCUGCUUCUGUUAGCAGAAACAAUUCGCUGCUGUCUGCACUUUUCCAUCUUCUUGCUUUAAUUCUUCAAGAGGAUGUGGGGGCACGGGAAAUUGCCUCAAAGACUGGACUCGUAAGACUUGUGACUGAUUUACUUUCAGAAUGGGACUCUGGCUUAGUAGAUAAGGAGAAACCACAAGUUCCAAAGUGGGUAACCACUGCUUUCCUUGCUCUUGAUAGGCUACUUCAGGUGGAUAAAAAAUUAGAUUCUGAAAUUCUUGAGCAGUUAAAAGGGGAUAAUCUUAGUAGCCAACAGAUAUCUGUUAGUAUUGAUGAGGAUAAGAAAAGUAAGCUGCAUUCUUCAUUUGGAUCUCCAAGAAAUAUAGAUAUCUAUGAGCAAAAGAGACUGAUUGAGAUUGCUUGUGGAUGUAUAAGGAACCAGUUUCCAUCUGAAACAGUGCAUGCUGUCCUGCAGCUGUGUUCUACUCUUACUAGAACCCAUUCUCUUGCUGUUUGUUUUCUUGAUGGUGGGGGUGUAAGUUCACUUCUUUCAUUGCCGACAAGUAGUCUCUUCCCUGGGUUUGACAAUGUUGCUGCUAGUAUUAUCCGCCAUGUCCUUGAAGAUCCUCAAACCUUGCAGCACGCGAUGGAAGCUGAGAUAAAGCACAAUCUUGUGGCUAUGGCUAACAGGCAUUCGAAUGGAAGGGUUAGCCCACGCAAUUUCCUGGUCAACCUAAGUUCUGUUGUUUCUCGUGAUCCAGUGAUAUUCAUGCAGGCUGUUAAGUCUGUCUGUCAAGUUGAGAUGGUUGGUGACAGACCUUAUGUUGUUUUGAUUAAAGACCGUGACAAGGAUAAAUCAAAAGAGAAGGAAAAAGGAUCAGAAAAAGAUAAAUCACAGCAAAUUGAUGGAAAGGGUAAUUUGUGUAAUGUGAAUUCUGCAGGUCCUGGGAUCGGACAUGGAAAAUUUAAUGAUUUAAAUUCAAAGUCUGUUAAAAUGCAUAGAAAAUCUCCCCAGAGCUUUGUAAAUGUGAUUGAGCUUCUUUUGGACUUGGUUGUUUCUUUUAUACCUCCCUUGACAGAAGAUAUUAACAUGAAGGCGCAUGGUGAUGCACCACCAUCAACUGAUAUGGAAAUUGAUGUUGCUGCCAUCAAGGGUAAAGGAAAAGCCAUUGCUUCUUUGUCUUUGGAGAAUGAAGUUUCUAGCCAAGAUGUGUCUGCCUCACUUGCAAAGAUAGUAUUCAUCUUUAAACUUUUGACAGAGAUCCUGUUAAUGUACGCAUCAUCUGUUCAUGUGCUGCUUCGCAGAGAUGGUGAAAUUGGUAGCUGUAGGGCCCCUCAUCAAAAGGGCUCAACUGGUUUAACCGGUGGUGGAAUAUUUCACCACAUUCUUCACAGGUUUAUCCCAUAUUCACAGAAUUCAAAGAAGGAAAGGAAAACUGAUGGUGACUGGAGGCAUAAACUGGCAACCAGAGCUAGUCAAUUCCUGGUGGCAUCUUGUGUGCGUUCUGCAGAGGCAAAGAGGAGAGUCUUCACAGAGAUCAAUUGUAUUUUCAAUAACUUUGUUGAUUCCUGCCCUGGUUUCAGACCACCAAGGGGUGAUAUGCAGCAUUUUGUUGAUUUGCUAAAUGAUAUACUAGUUGCUCGUACCCCAACUGGUUCAUGCAUCUCGGCAGAAGCAUCUGCCACUUUUAUAGAUGUUGGUUUGAUCGUGUCGUUAACACGCACCCUUGAAGUUUUGGAUUUGGAUCAUGCUGAGUCACCUAAAGCUGUCACAGGGCUCAUCAAAGCUUUGGAACUUGUAACCAAGGAGCAUGUUCAUUCUGUUGAUUCUUCUGCUAUUAAAGGUGAGAAUUCAGUCAAACCUGCUGAUCGUAAUCAAACUGGGAGAACAGAUAAUAUUGUUGAUGCAUCACAGUCCAUGGAAAUGGCAUCGCAGUCCAAUGAUGCAAUUGCAGCUGACCGAAUUGAAUCUUUCAACAGAGUCCAAAACUAUGGUGGUUCUGAAGCUGUUACAGAUGAUAUGGAACAUGACCAGGAUCUUGAUGGGGGUUUUGCUCCUGCUGCUGAGGAUGAUUAUAUGCAAGAAACCUCUGAGGAUGCAAGGGCUCUUGAAAAUGGUGUAAACAAUGUGGGGAUCCAUUUUGAAAUCCAGCCACAUGAGCAAGAAAACCUUGAUGAUGAUGAGGAUGAGGAUGAGGAGAUGUCCGGAGAUGAUGGGGAUGAAGAUGAUGAUGAUGUACAUCACCUGUCUCAUCCAGACACAGAUCAAGAUGACCAUGAGAUUGAUGAUGAUGAGUUUGAUGACGAAGUGUUGGAGGAUGAUGGUGAUGAUGAGGACGAUGGCGAUGAUGAGGGUGGUGUUAUUCUGCGGUUGGAGGAGGGUACCAAUGGAAUGGAUAUGUUUGAUCGGAUUGAGGUUUUUGGCAGAGACCACAAUUUUGCUGAUGAAACUCUUCGUGUAAUGCCAAUUGAAGUUUUUGGUUCCAGGCGUCAAGGACGCACCACAUCCAUUUACAGUCUUUUGGGGCGGAGUGGUGAGAAUUCAGCCCCCUCGAGACAUCCUCUUUUAUUGGGCCCUUCAUCACUACAAUCAGCCUCUCCAAGGCAAUCAGAAAAUGCCCAUGAUAUGAUUCUCGCAGACAGAAACUCUGAUAGCACCUCAACACGUUUGGAUACUAUUUUCCGGUCUCUUAGGAAUGGGCGUCACAGCCAUCGUUUGAAUUUGUGGGUUGAUGAGAGCCAGCAAAGCAGUGGGUCAAGUGUGGCUACUGUACCACAAGGUCUUGAAGAAUUGCUUGUCUCCCAAUUGAGGCGACCAGGCCCUGAGAAAUCUCCUGAUCAGAAGACAUCAGUAGUGGAACCUCAGAACCAGGUUGAAGGUAGUCAGUUACAGGAACCAGGGACUGGUACAACGCCUGAGAAUCGUGCAGAAAACAAUGUUUAUAAUGAAAAUGCUAAUGCAUCUCUAUCUUCCGAAGCAAUUGGUAGCGCUCUCAAUGCUGAUAGGAGACCUGCAGUAAGUGAUCCUCUACAAGGCACAGAUGCAUCAAGUGUACAUUCGCAAUCUGUUGAAAUGCAAUUUGAGCAAAAUGAUGCAGCUGCUCGAGAUGUUGAAGCAGUGAGCCAAGAAAGUAGUGGUAGUGGGGCUACUUUAGGGGAAAGCCUUCGAAGCCUUGAUGUUGAGAUUGGAAGUGCAGAUGGCCAUGAUGAAGGUGGAGAGAGACAUGGAUCUUCUGAUAGAACUCCUGAACCACAGGUUGCUCGUGCAAGAAGAACAAAUGUUGGUAUUGUGAAUAGUGGCAGAGAUGCCCCGCUUCAUAGUGUUACUGAGGUUUCAGAGAACUCAAGUCGAGAGGCAGAUCAAGAUGGUCCAGCUGCAGAGCAGCAGAUAAAUAGUGAUGCUGGUUCUGGAUCAAUUGACCCUGCAUUUUUAGAAGCUCUCCCCGAGGAAUUGCGUGCUGAAGUUCUUUCAGCUCAGCAGGGUCAAGUGGCACAGCCUUCAAAUUCUGAACAACAGAAUUCUGGAGAUAUAGAUCCAGAAUUUCUUGCAGCCCUUCCCCCAGAUAUUAGAGCUGAAGUCCUAGCACAACAGCAAGCGCAAAGGCUUCAUCAAUCUCACGAACUUGAAGGGCAACCAGUUGAAAUGGACACGGUCUCAAUAAUAGCAACAUUUCCUUCAGAUUUGCGAGAAGAGGUUCUCCUAACGUCAUCUGAUGCUAUUCUUGCUAAUCUCACUCCUGCACUUGUUGCGGAGGCGAACAUGUUGCGCGAGAGAUUUGCGCAUCGCUAUCAUAAUCGUAGCUUGUUUGGAAUGUAUCCUAGGAAUCGCAGAGGUGAAUCUUCUAGGAGAGGCGAAGGUGUUGGAUCCAGCCUGGACAGAAUGGCAGGAAGUAUUGUGUCCCGCAGAUCUGUUUCUGCUAAGCUAAUUGAAGCUGAAGGAGCGCCUCUGGUUGGCACAGAAGCUCUCCGAGCAAUGGUUCGGAUACUUCGCAUAGUUCAGCCACUCUAUAAAGGUUCGUUGCAGAAGCUGCUCUUGAAUUUAUGUGCUCAUAAUGAAACAAGAAAAGCGCUAGUUAAAAUCUUGAUGGACAUGCUGAUGCUUGAUACAAGAAAGCCUGUCAAUUAUUCAAAUGCAAUUGAACCUCCUUACAGGCUUUACGGUUGCCAGAAUAAUGUUAUGUAUUCUCGUCCUCAACAUUUUGAUGGAGUUCCUCCUUUGGUGUCUAGGCGAGUGCUUGAAACUCUCACUUACUUGGCUCGAAACCAUCCAUAUGUUGCGAAGAUUUUACUUCAGUUCAGGUUGCCUCUUCCUAUCUUACAAGAGCAAAGGAAUAUUGAUCAGUCACGUGGAAAAGCUUUGAUGAAUGAGGUGCAGCUGGAAGGAUUCAGUUCUAUUGCAUUGCUUCUGAGCCUUCUCAAUCAACCCCUGUACUUGAGAAGUAUAGCCCAUCUUGAACAGCUGCUUAACUUGUUGGAUGUCAUUGUUGACCAUGUGGAAAGGAAGUCCCUUUCAUCUGAGAAAUCGAAAGCAUCUUCCACUGAACAAGUACCUGCUUCACGAAUUUCAUUGGCUGAUGCUGACACCAGUGCGGAGAAGGCUCCUUCUGAUGUUGAAUCACAAUUGAAGGCUGUUGACUGCUCCAUACCUUCAACAUCUGAUUCAAGUAAUGAAUGUGAUCCGCUCAGUAUACUGACCAAUCUCCCACAAGUGGAGCUCCGACUUUUAUGCUCAUUGCUUGCACGGGAAGGAUUGUCAGAUAAUGCAUAUGGCCUGGUUGCUGAGGUAAUGAAGAAGUUGGUUGCAAUUGCUCCUAGCCACUGUCAUCUGUUUAUUUCUGAGCUAGCAGAUGCUGUACAAAAUCUGAUUAAAUCUGCCAUGGAUGAGUUACGCAUGUUUGGAGAAGCUUUGAAAGCUUUACUCAGCUCAAUAUCUUCUGAUGGAGCUGCAAUUUUAAGGGUCUUACAGGCACUGAGUUCUCUUGUUUCUUCAAUAACUGAGAGAGAAAAGGAUCUGCAGCUGCUUCCUGAAAUAGAGCGUUCUACUGCUCUUUCUAAGGUGUUGGACAUUAAUGCCGCCUUAGAACCUUUGUGGACAGAGUUGAGUACUUGCAUAAGCAAAAUAGAGAGCUAUUCAGAUUCUGCACCAGAUUUAUUAGCUCCUUCGAGAACGACCACAACACGUUCUGGUGUAACACCACCCCUUCCUGCAGGCACUCAAAACAUCUUACCAUAUAUUGAAUCCUUUUUCGUGAUGUGUGAGAAGUUACAUCCUGCACAGCCAAGUUCUGGUCAAGAUUUUAGCAUGGCUACACUUUCCGAUGCUGAGGAUGCCAGCACAUCUUCUGGCCAGCAGAAAACUGCUUGUCCUGUCUCAAAAUUUGAUGAAAAACAUGUUGCCUUUGUGAAGUUCUCUGAGAAACAUCGGAAGUUGCUAAAUGCUUUUAUCCGUCAAAACCCCGGGCUGCUUGAGAAGUCAUUUUCACUCAUGCUGAAAGUUCCCCGCUUUGUUGAUUUUGAUAAUAAACGUGCUCACUUCAGGUCUAAAAUAAAGCAUCAACAUGAUAAUCAUCACAGUCCUCUGAGAAUAUCAGUUAGAAGGGCUUACAUUCUUGAGGAUUCAUAUAACCAACUGCGGAUGCGGACAACUCAAGAUUUGAAGGGGAGAUUAACUGUUCACUUCCAAGGAGAGGAAGGUAUUGAUGCGGGUGGGCUUACAAGGGAAUGGUAUCAGCUCUUGUCCAGGGUUAUAUUUGACAAAGGAGCUUUGCUUUUCACUACUGUGGGUAAUGAGUCCACAUUCCAGCCUAACCCGAACUCAGUCUACCAAACAGAGCAUCUUUCAUACUUCAAAUUUGUUGGGCGAGUUGUCGGCAAAGCACUUUUUGAUGGGCAACUCUUGGAUGUCCACUUCACUCGAUCUUUCUACAAGCAUAUCUUGGGGGCGAAAGUUACUUAUCAUGACAUUGAAGCAAUUGAUCCUGAUUAUUUCAAAAACCUAAAGUGGAUGCUUGAGAAUGAUAUUAGUGAUGUCCUGGGCCUUACUUUUAGCAUUGAUGCUGAUGAGGAGAAGCUGAUAUUGUAUGAAAGGACACAGGUGACUGACUAUGAGCUGAUUCCUGGUGGUCGGAACAUUAAAGUUACUGAGGAGAAUAAACACCAAUAUGUUGACUUGGUUGUUGAGCAUCGUCUGACAACAGCUAUCCGUCCUCAAAUAAAUGCAUUUCUGGAAGGAUUCAAUGAAUUAAUUCCUAGGGAAUUAAUUUCUGUUUUUAAUGACAAGGAGCUGGAGUUACUGAUAAGUGGUCUUCCUGAUAUUGAUCUGGAUGACAUGAGGGCAAAUACGGAGUACUCUGGUUAUAGUGCAGCAUCACCUGUUAUUCAGUGGUUUUGGGAGGUUGUUCAGGGGUUCAGCAAGGAGGAUAAAGCUCGGCUUCUACAGUUUGUGACAGGCACCUCAAAGGUGCCAUUAGAAGGCUUUAGUGCACUUCAAGGAAUUUCAGGUUCUCAGAAGUUUCAGAUACACAAAGCAUAUGGCAGCCCUGAUCACUUGCCUUCUGCUCAUACCUGUUUCAAUCAAUUGGAUUUGCCCGAGUACCCAUCUAAGGAACAUCUAGAAGAGAGAUUGCUACUCGCAAUUCAUGAGGCCAAUGAAGGGUUUGGAUUUGGUUAAAGAUGGGAAGCGGUGAUCAGAGUCAUCUUGUAGAUAAAGCUACAUAUAUACAUAAGAUGCAUAUGGGGAUCUUGUUAUGAGGGUAUAAGGGGCUAGGCAAUUAGUACAUAUUUAUAUGCUGUACAGUCGCAUAUUGGCUACUGUAAUUGCUCUGGCAGUUUUAAAUUUGCCACCGUUGUCGUUCCAUUUAAAUCUGCCUUGGAAGUAGAGGCUCGUUAACGAUUCAUCACAUUGUUGAGUCUUUCCUUUGUUGAGACCCUCUUUGCAGGUAGUCUUUUCUAUUACAUUUUAGGUUGUACAAUAAUUGCAUCAAAUUAGUUUAUUGCUACCAUGUUUUGGUUAGUAUUUUUUC